CAGGCGAUCAGGCAACCAUGCAAUAAAAUGAAAACGGCCGUAUAAAAAGAAGCUACGGCUAUUAAGGCGCGUCAUUCGUUUGCUCCCGAACUUAUUCCUUGUUCUCUCGAGUCAAUAGGCAGCGAUGGGGACUGUGAACCCACAGCAAACGCCUCCUCCAAAGAAAGUUAGAUUCGCAGCUACACCCAAGACUCCAGAAACGCCGAGAACGGGGCCGGGCGUUCCGGAGUCUGUGUAUCGGGCGCUGUUGGCGCGGCCGCCGCACGAUCCCGAUGGACUGAUGCGUGAUGUUUGCGCUUUCAUCGAAGUCCGAGUCGGCACCGAGGAUGUGUCGUCGACGUUCGAAAGCCUGAUGACGCGGCUGGGCGCCACGGUGCGACGCUAUCUUGGCCCCAGCGUGACACACGUCGUGUUCCGCGAGGGCCGCGUGUCCACCCGCAAGCGGGCCCUCCAGCUGGGUAUCCCCAUCGUGGGCCCGCUCUGGGUCGAAGAGUGCCUUGCCCAAGACAGGCUGGCAUCUCCAGAGAGGUUCCCAGCACAUGUUUCUGCAGCCUAUGACUGCCCCAUUCUCAGCCGCAAAAUAAGGAAGCCUCGCUCUUGGCGGACCAAGACAGACUCCCCAUCUCCAGUUAGGCGGAAGCAGAGGCCACGUUUACUGGACCUGAGGCGCAAUGUGUUGCUGGAUGAAGCAGUGCUCUCACCCAGCACGCAACACUUACAGGACAUUGUUACAAAAGUGAAGGCGCACGUUCCAAGCACCAUUUUGGGCACACUGGCCACCCCACAGAAGAGGGAAGCAUUUUCCAACUUUCCACUGGCAACUCCUGGUCACACGAUGUGCACACUAAAGGCACAGGAACCAUACACCCCAAUGAGUGAGCUAGCUGCAUUGAGGCAAAGCCCACUGCCAGAACUGUCUUCAGAAAAGGACCGCUAUAUCUGCCGGCGCAGCUUGGAGGACUUCAGUACAAAUGUGUGCCGGGCAAGGGCUUGUGCCUUGAGCAGGGCUUCUUGGUUGGAAGGCCCAAACAUCGUCCUGACAGGACUGGAACCAGUUGACCGUGAUGCUGUCAGUUCUAUAGUGAAGGCCCUGGGCGGUUUCACCACCGAAGCUGAGGUCAGCGAUCGCACCACACACAUCAUAUGUGGCACCGCGGGUGGAAAGCCACGGCGGACCCUCAGUGUGCUGUUUGCUCUUGCAAGGGGCAGCUGCUGGCUGCUGCCUAUCAAGUGGGCUUACCAAUCCUUAGAGAGUGGCCGCUGGUUGGACGAGGGCGCUUUCGCAUUGAGCCGGCCCAGGUCGGCCGUAGGGAAGAAAUGGAAGUCAUCGGGGUGCCUCCUGGUACCUGCUCCUCUGCUGGAUGGCCAGGGUCCUUUCUACAUCGGCCCAGCGACAGCACCUCCCCCGCAGCGCAUCCGUGAUCUGCUACUGCUUCUGGGUGCAGAGGUAUCUCCAUCAUAUCUGCGCUGCCAGAUAGCCCUGGGUGACCCGCAGCGGGGCCAAUGGCUAUCCCAGAUCACGCACCUCUCCGAACGCUGGCUUCUCGAUUGUGUCUCUGAACAUCAGGUUCUGCCCUAUGACAACUACCUGCUGCAGAAGCCAUCUAGCAGUAAUCAUUGAUCAUCACCUAGUCAUCCAAGCAUACCUUCUACACACAAAAUUUGAAAUUUCAUUCUUUUAGUCUCAUGAUUUUAUCUUCCCUUUUAUAAAGGACAACGUAACAUGGCA